AUGGAGCCGCCUCGGACUACCCCGACGGCCAGGAGACCGAGGGCUGUCGUCUUGGUUUGUCUGAUCGCGGUGCUGUUGGCUCUGGCUUCGGACGCGGUGUUCGGCUUGAAGGGUGUCCGAAUUUGGAACCCCGAAGCCAUCCGAGCGGGCGAACAGUUGCGGCUCUCUUGUGACUACGACCUUGAGGGGGUGCCCCUUUACUCGAUAAAAUGGUACUUUGGAGACCAGGAGUUCUACAGAUUCGUGCCCAAGGAGUCACCACCGACCAGGGUUUUUCCACUGUCCGGUACUACGUCGGUUGACAUAUCCGAGUCGGACGACCACUCAGUCACACUGACUAACCUACCUCGGGACAUGUCAGGUCACUAUAAAUGUGAAAUUUCCGCGGACGCUCCACUGUUUCACACUCAAAUUAAAGAGUCAUACAUAACUAUAAUUGAAGAACCACAGUCGGCGCCACUUAUGUUUGCCGGUAAGCUCAAGUACAUCAAAGACGAACCGGUUACGAUAAACUGCACUUCUUAUUCGGCUUUCCCGGCCACCAAUCUCACGUGGUUCAUAAAUGACAAAAAGGUGACGAAUAGUACGAAAUACUCAAGGACGACGUCUUGGGUCACAGCUGAAGACGACGGGCUGCUGACCAGCCGAUCGCGACUGGAGCUUGCGACCCACGCCGAUUACUUUCCGGGUGGCCGUAUGAUGGUCCGCUGCGAGUCCAAUCAGUUUCUGUUGUACAAAAAGUACUCACUUAUUGAGUUGAUGGAUGACUCACCCAGGCUGGCCCAGAUGAUCAGCCCCACUGCAGUGCUGAGAUCGGGUGGACCACAAGCGAGUUCAGCUGAUCGUUUCUCUACUGGAUAUGCGUUCGUAUUGGUCGCCAUUGUCGCCCAUCGAAUAGCACCGUAUCUCUUAAGAUAG